UACGUCUACGGGGCGGAGUACGUGGAGGCGGGGUUUGUACCGGUGUCCGGGCUGUCUCUCGUCAGUCACCAUGUCUCCUUGCUGUAGCUGGCUGUGUGGAAUCGGGCGCCGCGUUGUGUAUGGCGGAAUUCACAGCCUGCCAACCACAAGAUGUCCGGGUCUGCUGAGAACACUGACAUCGGCCACACACCCUCUACAGAUCUGCAUUGUUGGCAGUGGUCCUGCUGGAUUUUACACAGCUCAGCACCUGUUAAAGCAACACACACAGGCAGUGGUGGAUAUAUAUGAGAAACUUCCGGUCCCUUUUGGCUUGGUCCGUUUCGGAGUAGCACCAGAUCACCCUGAAGUGAAGAAUGUUAUCAACACUUUUACACAGACGGCCAAUUUAGAGGGCUGCAGUUUCCUUGGCAAUGUGACUGUCGGAAGAGAUGUAACAAUAGAGGAACUACAGGCGGCAUAUCAUGCCGUAGUCUUGAGCUAUGGGGCAGAAGACAAGCGGCAGCUGGGGAUUCCUGGAGAAGAUCUUCCGGGAGUGUACUCGGCCCGGGACUUUGUGGGUUGGUAUAACGGCCUUCCAGAUAACCGACACUUAUCACCAGACUUUAGCUCAGAGACGGCGGUCAUCCUCGGACAUGGGAAUGUUGCACUUGACAUUGCAAGAAUCUUGCUGUCGCCGUUAGAUCUAUUAAAGAAGACCGAUAUCGCCCAGAUUGCCCUUAAUGGCCUUUCUAACAGUCGUGUCAAGAAGGUUUGGCUUGUUGGACGUCGUGGACCUAUGCAGGUGGCAUUUACCAUUAAGGAAUUGCGCGAGAUGAUCCACCUGCCGGGUACCCGCUCUGUAAAUGAUCCUUCUGAUUAUCAGAAUCUCUCAGAAUCUAUAAAGGAUCUUCUUCGGCCCAGAAAACGACUUACGGAACUCCUAAUGAAGACUGUAUUGGAGAAACCUGUAGAGAAAGAGGCUAUCCGAAGAUCCCAAAGUGAUCGAGAAUGGGGCCUGCGCUUCCUCCGGAGUCCUGUGGCUGUUUUGCCUAGUGAAGAUGGAAAAAAAGCUGCCGGUAUUCGGCUGUCUGUCACAAGACUUGAGGGUAAUGGGGAGAACGCAGUUGCUGUUCCUACAGGCGAAACAGAGGAUAUAUCUUGUGGAUUAAUUUUUAGCAGCAUUGGAUACAGAAGUGUUCCCAUCUCACCAAGUGUACCAUUCCUAAACAAGAAUGGCAUUAUCCCAAACAGCAUGGGCAGAGUGCACGGUGCUCCAGGACUUUACUGCAGUGGCUGGGUGAAGAGAGGGCCAACCGGUGUCAUCGCUACAACAAUGACAGACAGUUUUGACACAGCGCAAUCCUUGUUGGAGGACACAAAAUCGGGUGCUUUGAACUACUCGGAGAUCCGACCUGGAGCCUCAGCGAUCCGUGAGCUGCUUCUUCUCAGAGGUAUACAGCCUGUGUCUUUCUCUGACUGGGAGAAGAUAGAUGCCGUAGAGACGGCCCGCGGCAUGGAAGUAGGAAAACCUAGAGAAAAGAUCUUGGAUCCUGAGGAGAUGUUACAGUUAGUUUGUCGGUGACGUGCAGGAUGAAUAGCUGUUAUAGUGUGGGAACUUUUCCAAUAAUGAUGCCUUUUUUAGAUUUGAAAAUACGGAAAGCAGCCGACUUUAUAGAACUUUACCUCAACGAUUUUGUAGUAAAUAAUAAUUCAUACCUUGUAUACCUUUUCACCUUUGUAUAUUAUUUGACAUUGUAUCAAUGUUAUGCAAUUAAAACAUUUUACUUUAAUCUGAUA